AUGACAGUACACUUGCCAUUCGUGGAGAGAAGGUUCCGUCGCGAAAUUUGGGCGGUGUUGGUUCUGUGUGCAUCACCUGUCGUUCAUCUUGUCGAUUCUCACGAGAUCCUGUCACCUCGUCUGACCAUUCUUCGCCCUCAGCGCCAAAAACCCAUCAGUAUCAUCAACUGCUACUCACCAACAUCAGUAGCUGAUGAUUCCGAAUUGGACGCGUUUUACGAGGAGCUGGAGGAAGUAAUCUGCAACGAGAAGUCCUUCUACAAAUUUGCUGUCGGAGACUUCACCACAAAACUAAGAAAGGCCACAGAAAAGGAAUACACAAUCGGAAGAUUUGGACUAGGGGACCGGAAUGAAAAUGGCAACCGUCUUGCCGGGCUGUUGUCCGCCGCUCGUCUCUUUGAUGGGAGCUCUCUUUUCAUAAAGAAAGAUCAUCGUCGGUGGACAUGA